CCUCUACCAAUGGCAGAAAUCAACGAACGCGCUUCUACAUCUUCUCCUCCGGAGCCAUCAACCCCAGCUCCAGGACCUGAAAUCAAGCAGCUUGCAGAUGUGAUGUAUGACAGAGUUGGGGCGUUCUUACAGUCGCAGAUUCAAGGCAGUGUCGAUGAAUACAAACUUCUGGAGGAUAUGAACAGAACAACCGCACAACGUUACGUUGACAUGAGAGUUGUGGCUGAGAAAAUUGCUGAAAAGCUUUCCCGACUAACCAAUAAAUACGAAUCUUUGCGUCCUUAUCUCCAACAGAUUGAUGAAAUGGAUGAAAGUACGAGAAAAUUAGAGGAGGCGGCAAAUGUUCUUGAUCAGUACGUCACGGGAUUAGGUAUGCAACAUUUAAGAAAUUUUUUUCUAUCAAUAUACAGAGGGUUCCAAACAUGCCUACUGGUUGAUCGUUAAAU